UCCUCUCUUGGAACCUGCUUCUCAGAGGGCCUGGACUAACAUACUCUGGUAGUGCAUGAAGCAUCUGUGAUCAGAGUGUGACAAGAAAAUAGCACAAGCAAACCUACGAGGACUUGAGAGAAUUCAAAAGGGUCAUGUAGGGAUCCCACCCCUUCUCUGUGUUUUCACUCUGAAGCUCUACACAACUUUACACCUGAAUGAACGCCAAACCUCUGUGGAUAUAUAAAGGGAAGCUUGAGGAGGAAUUUCACAGAUACAGUGCAGAAGCAGAGGCAAAGGAAUUAACCAGCUCUUCAGCCAAGCAAAUCCUCUACUCACCAUGCUUCCUCCUGCCAUUCAUUUCUAUCUCCUUCCCCUUGCAUGCAUCCUAAUGAAAAGCUGUUUGGCUUUUAAAAAUGAUGCCACAGAAAUCCUUUAUUCACAUGUGGUUAAACCUGUUCCAGCACACCCCAGCAGCAACAGCACGAUGAAUCAAGCCAGAAAUGGAGGCAGGCAUUUCAGUAACACUGGACUGGAUCGGAACAGAACAGAAAGCUUGACAAGUCGAAAUUAUUUCUGGCUAUUUCCAGGUGCAUUCCUGAGGCAGCUGCAGGAAGCUCGGGUUCAAGUGGGUUGCCGGGAACUGCGUUCCACCAAAUACAUCUCUGAUGGCCAGUGCACCAGCAUCAGCCCUCUGAAGGAGCUGGUGUGUGCUGGUGAGUGCUUGCCCCUGCCAGUGCUCCCUAACUGGAUUGGAGGAGGCUAUGGAACAAAGUACUGGAGCAGGAGGAGCUCCCAGGAGUGGCGGUGUGUCAAUGACAAAACCCGUACCCAGAGAAUCCAGCUGCAGUGCCAAGAUGGCAGCACACGCACCUACAAAAUCACAGUAGUCACUGCCUGCAAGUGCAAGAGGUACACCCGGCAGCACAACGAGUCCAGUCACAACUUUGAGAGCAUGUCACCUGCCAAGCCCGUCCAGCAUCACAGAGAGCGGAAAAGAGCCAGCAAAUCCAGCAAGCACAGCAUGAGUUAGAACUCAGACUCCCAUAACUAGACUUACUAGUAACCAUCUGCUUUACAGAUUUGAUUGCUUGGAAAACUCAAGCCUGCCAUUGCUAUUUUCUCACUUGAAAGUAUAUGCUUUCUGCUUUGAUCAAACCCAGCAAGCUGUCUUUUAAGUAUCAGGACCUUCUUUGGGAAUAGUUUUUCCUUUUCAAGUUUUUCAAGAUAUAGGUAUAUCCAUGAAUGCAAUUUGCAUUUAAAUUCCACGUAUCCUGUAGUUUUAAUUCCUCAUUGUUCUUAAAAGACUGUUGAUACUAUAAACAUCAGUGAAUCAUUAUAUUUUAAAACAGAAAAGGGCUUCUCAGAUACCCUCCAUCUACUGGCCCAUCCCAUAUCCUACACAAAACCCCUUCAAAACAGAAAGGUUAAAAAAAAAUUGUUGUCAUGAAUCUUCGCAGUAACAUUUCAGAAAGGUGCUUUUUUGGUACUCUUCAUGGGAACAGUUUAGCAGCCAUGAAUGAUCUUCCUUUGAAAGAGAAUGAAAGACCUUGUGACAUUUCACUACAAAAAUAAGCCCUGUAGCUCUUUACAGUUGCAUAGUAUGAAAUUAUACCCUGCAUGCUGACCCUCGCUUGGAAUGGAAUGCCAGAAAUGCAUGGCAGUGGCUAAUAAGUAAAGCUGAUUAACUAUUUAUUUGUCAAUGUUAUUAUUUAAUGAGCUUUCACAUAUGAUUUUUUUCAAAAUGUUAAUUUUUUAAUGUUUUGGAACUUUUUCAUGGACCUAAAUAUUUUCCUAUAUGAUUUGUGGUUGAUCUUGAAAUAUGAAAAUACAUGUUGUAGAUAUGUAAAAUGAUUAUUUUAGUCUCCUUAUUACAUAUAUGUUCAUGGUGAACUUUAUUAAAAGUAUGGAUCUUUUUAAAUCAAUAAGAUGCUUUGUAAAGUUGAAAUACGUAAUACUUUCUUGUUUAAUCUGUGCAAUCAGAAGGUGUUUUGACCUUCAAUUCAAUUGGUUUCUUUUAACAAAAAUAAACACUGCUAAAAGUUA